AUGAAUUCCAUCACAAUUCUUCUAGUUUUCUUCUGUUUUAUUACAAUCUGUGUGUCUGUUUCGUCUUCAUUGAACUCUGAUGGGCUUUCGCUAUUAGCACUCAAGGCCGCCGUCACCGGCGAUCCUACUAAGUCACUCACCACCUGGACCGACUCCGACUCAACGCCGUGUCACUGGACCGGCGUCUCUUGCAACUCUAACCACCGUGUUGUAAGCAUCUUUCUACCCAAUAAGAAUCUCACCGGCUACCUCCCGUCAGAGCUCGGUGCGCUACUCUCUCUCCGCCAUCUCUCUCUCUCUAACAACAACUUCUCCAAACCCAUACCGGAAAACCUCUUCAAUGCCACCAGUCUUCUCUCUAUAGACCUCUCUCACAACAAUCUCACCGGACCCAUACCGGAGAAAAUCACAACUCUCAAAUUUCUCACGUUUUUGGAUCUAUCUUCUAAUUUCUUAAAUGGGUCUCUUCCGGUGUCUCUCAGCAACCUCACAAACCUCUCCGGGACGCUUAAUUUGUCGUACAAUCACUUGUCCGGUGAGAUUCCACCGUCCUACGGGUUGUUUCAGGUGAUGGUUAGUUUAGACCUCCGUUAUAAUAACCUCACCGGAAAGAUACCGCUGGUGGGUUCUUUGCUUAACCAGGGGCCAACCGCAUUCACCGGAAAUCCGUUUCUAUGUGGGUUUCCUUUAGGAACACAAUGCUCCGACCCGGAAGCUCAGAAUCCUAAGGUUUUGUCUAACCCGGAUACCCCCAAAGACCUGGGUUCUUUAACCGGGUUAUCGGGCAAAACCAAUGGGAGUUCCGGGUCAGUUACGGUUCCUUUAAUCUCCGGCGUAUCGGUAGUCAUCGGAAUAAUGUUUUUCUCCAUGUGGGUAUACCGGAAAAAAUGGAGGUCUAGCGAAAGAAAAUUAGGGAAAAAAGAAAAACCAGAGAAUGAACAGGUUACUGUGAAUUUUAACGAAGAAGAAGGACAAGACGGUAAGUUCGUAGUGAUGGAUGAAGGGUUUGGAUUGGAAUUGGAGGAUUUAUUGAGGGCAUCAGCUUAUGUGGUUGGAAAGAGUAAGAAUGGGAUAGUUUACAAGGUGGUGGCUGGACGGGGUUCCGGUACGGCGGUGGGUUCGGUGGUCGCCGUGAGACGGUUGAGCGAGGGCGACGGAACAUGGCGGCUUAAGGAGUUCGAGACGGAGGUGGAAACCAUAGGGAGGGUUCAACACCCUAACAUAGUCAGGCUCAGAGCUUAUUACUAUGCCAAUGAUGAGAAGCUUCUCGUUUCGGAUUUUAUCAGCAAUGGAAGCUUGUACUCUGCGCUUCAUGGUGGGCUGGCUAACCCUUUGCAGCCUUUAUCAUGGGCAUCGAGAUUAAAGAUUGCACAAGGAACUGCAAGGGGUCUAGCCCACAUCCACGAGUGCAGCCCUCGGAAACUUGUUCACGGGAACAUAAAAUCAUCGAAGAUCCUUCUCGAUAACGACUUGCAGCCAUUCAUCUCCGGGUUCGGGCUCAACCGUCUGGUGUCGUCCACCAUCUCAAAAUCGACUUCCCUAAAGCUCAGCAGCUCGAGCCAACCGUCAGUCACGAGCUCGAAAGACUCGUCGGCUGCGUCAUCAAACAUCUACUACGUGGCUCCAGAAGCCCGGAUGUCUGGCCAGAAGCUGACCCCGAAGUACGAUGUGUACGCUUUUGGAGUUGUGUUGUUGGAGAUGUUGACGGGCCGGGGUCCGGAUUGCGGCGGACUCGAUAAUGACGGGAAAGGGCUCGAGAGCUUCGUGAGGAAGGUGUUUCGGGAGGAAAGACCGUUAUCGGAGAUUAUCGAUCCGGUGUUAUUGCAGGAGGUGCAUUCCAAGAAACAGGUGGUGGCUGCAUUUCACGUCGCGCUUAACUGCACGGAGCUUGACCCUGAGGUUCGACCGAAGAUGCGAAUGGUCUCUGACAGCCUUGACCGCAUCAAAUUGCAGUGAGUUCGGGUGCGGGUUUUUUGCGAUUAGAUCAAGAGUAGAAGCAAAGAUGAGGGUUCCCUUUUGGGUUAUUUUUGAUGUUUUGAAGAUGGUCUUUGUUUUUAUAUACUCUUUGGAAUGUUGUUAACAAUUAGGAGGAUGCAUUCUGUAAUUAGGGUUAACUUGUUAAAACUAUGGGGCAGGGCAGAUUCAGUAAUAGCCUAGGGCUGCCCGACUGCCCGUUGACCCAUUUUUAUCAAUGGAAGAAAAUUA